GAAGAAUAAUCUGAUCAGCACAAUUGAACCAGGGGCCUUCUAUGGACUUUCAGAACUGAAGCGCCUGGAUCUUUCAAAUAACAGAAUUGGUUGCCUAACACCAGAAAUGUUUGUUGGACUUAACAAUCUUCACAAACUGAAUUUGUCAGGGAAUAUUUUUUCAAGUCUCAUGAAUGGACUUUUUUCUGAGCUGCUAGCUCUGAAAGCACUACAUUUCAACACUGAUUCACUCAUCUGUGACUGUAAUCUAAAAUGGAUCUUGCAAUGGGCCAGAAACGCUUCGGUUCGAAUAGCGGAGGAAACGGUUUGUGCUUACCCCAGUGCUUUACAUGGACUGUCACUUUAUAAUCUGAAGGAAAACCAGCUGAUAUGUGCUGGGCCUCUGGAACUUCCUCUUUUUGAGCUGAUCCCAUCACAAAGACAAGUGGUUUUCCAUGGAGACCGCCUGCCAUUUCAGUGUACUGCAACAUACGUUGACAACACCACCCAGGUACAUUGGUACCAUGCUGGUCGCCUGGUCGAAACAGAUGAAGAGAGUGGCAUAUUUGUGGAGGACAGCAUCAUUCAUGACUGCUGCUUAAUUACACGGUGGCCCAAAACUUUGGCCGGGAUAACAGCUUACCAUCCCUGUCUCCAGUAUUCUUUUAACUCCAUUGCAUUUCACAGUGGUGCAGAAGUGCCCAAAGCAUGGCGUAAAUGUAAUCGAACUGGACGCUGGGAUGAAGAAAACUAUUCUGAAUGUCCUUAUUCACAAGAAAUAACUCAAGUUCUUCAUGCUUUUAGUCAGAUGCACAUCAAUUUGACAACCGUGCUUGAAUUUUCCCGCCAGCUGACAGCCUACACAAGAGGUGCUUCCCUCUUUGCAGAUAAAAUGGAUGUAAUAUAUUUGGCUUAUAUAAUGGAAAAGUUAAUUGUCUUCGUGGAUGAAGUUCAAGAUGUUGGAGAUGCUCUUAUUGAAAUUGCCAGCAAUAUAAUGUUGGUUGAUGACCAUGUGUUGUGGAUGGCUCAAAAGGAAGACAAAGCUUGCACCAGGAUUGUACGAUGUGUGGAACACAUUGCAAGUCAAAUAUUGACCAGUAAUAUUCAAGUUAUAUCUAAGGUAUCUCGUAAUAUUGCUCUGGAAGCCUUUAUGAUCAAGCCAUCUAGUUUCACGGGAAUGACUUGCACUGCCUUCCAAAAAAUAUCUGCAAAUUCUGACAAGUCAGAGAUGCCUGAGAUGGGAAGAUGGGAAGCAAAUCACCAUCCUGAUCUAUAUUUGAAUUUCAAGUGCAACACUGGCAAUCUGAAUGGUUCUUUGGUGAAUUCUUCUACCAGGAAUGCUGUAGCAGUAGCUUCAGUUCAUUUGCCACAGUCUGUCUUCUCUCCGUCUUCAGCCUGGCAAUCUGUUGAUAACUCCACUUGCAAGCUGCAGUUUAUUGUCUUUCGGAAUGGAAAACUCUUUCCUAGCACAGGAAACUCAUCAAAUCUUGCAGACGAUGGGAAACGUAGGACGGUUGCCACACCAGCUGUUUUUGCUAAAAUAGAUGGGUGCAGUUUUGGAAACCUCACCAGCCCUCUCACUAUAGGAUUGAGGCACUUUGCACGGGGUAUAGACCCCAUUGCAGCCUUCUGGGAUUUUGACCUUCUAGAUGGACAUGGAGGCUGGUGGGGAGAAGGGUGCCACAUAAUUAGCUCUGCAGGCAAUAUUACCACCAUUCAGAGUACGCACUUCAGUAACUUUGCAGUGCUAAUGGAUUUUAAGACAGUGCUGUCUUUCCCCCAGUACCCAGGGGAGUUUCUGCACCCUGUGGUUUAUGCGUGUACUGCAGUUAUGUUGUUGUGCCUGUUUGCUUCCAUUAUCACCUACAUUGUCCAUCACAGCACAAUCCGAAUAAGUAGAAAAGGAUGGCAUAUGCUUCUCAACUUUUGCUUCCAUACUGCUCUUACAUUUGCUGUUUUUGCUGGUGGAAUCAAUCGCAUUAAAUAUCCAAUUAUAUGUCAAGCUGUUGGCAUAGUACUGCAUUAUUCUACACUCUCUACUAUGCUAUGGAUUGGAGUAACUGCCAGGAAUAUUUAUAAGCAAGUCACAAAAAAACCUCAGCCAUGCCAAAACAGUGACCAGCCUUCUUAUCCAAAGCAACCACUACUCAGAUUUUACCUGAUUAGUGGUGGAGUUCCUUUCAUUAUAUGUGGGAUUACAGCAGCAACCAAUAUCAAUAAUUAUGGGAUUGAAGGCAAUGCACCAUAUUGCUGGAUGGCGUGGGAGCCCAGUCUCGGUGCUUUCUAUGGGCCAGUAGCAUUCAUUGUGCUCGUCACCUGUGUUUACUUCCUCUGCACAUACGUGCAACUGAAGCGCCAUCCUGAACGCAAGUAUGAGUUAAAGGAAAAGACGGAAGAUCCACAGAGAAUACCGAGUACUGAUGUGGGCCAUGGUCAUAUUACAGACUCUGUGUCCGUUCCCCAGGCAACCUGCCCCAUGAUUUCUUCUUCCUUAUUGGAAAAUGAGCAUUCAUUCAAGGCUCAGCUUCGAGCCGCAGCAUUCACUUUGUUCCUGUUUACUGCCACUUGGACCUUUGGAGCACUUGCAGUAUCUCAAGGUCAUUUCUUGGAUAUGAUAUUUAGCUGUCUUUAUGGAGCCUUCUGUGUGACCUUGGGGCUUUUCAUCCUGAUCCAUCACUGUGCAAAGCGAGAUGAUGUAUGGCAUUGCUGGUGGUCCUGUUGCCCAUCCAAAAGAAACACCUAUUCCGUCCAAGUUAACGUGCGCCCAAAGGUUAAUGUCAAUGGUGACACUCAAGUUCAUGCACCUUGUCUUCAGGAAUCACCAUGUCCCAACAAAUCAGCUGUGUUUAAUCAUCCGGCGGCCAGCCACUGCAAACUCACUAACCUACAAGCGGUUCAAAACCACGUUAACUGCCUUUCCCCUGUGACUCCCUGUUGUGCAAAGAUGCACUGUGAUCAGCUACUUGAUGAUGAAGCUCACAUUCAUGUCCACAAUGAGGGAACCUUCAGACCCAAUAUGCACAUUCACAGAUGUCUGAAAAGCAGAACUAAGCCACGUUACUUCAGUCGGCAUAGGUCUGCAGGUGAAAGGGAGUAUGCCUAUCACAUCCCUUCGAGUAUUGAUGGCAGCAUCCACAGUUCACAUACAGACAGUCCCCACAGUACACACGAUAGCCAGUCAGGUCACAGACGGGCCUGCUGCUCAAAAAGUGAUCCAUAUCCUACUGUCAACCAGCCCGAAAGUAGCGACGCAAGUACUGUAAUAUAUAGUUGUGCUAAAAUGCCAGACAGUGACACUGUGCACCAUCCAGCUCAUUUUGAAAUGCACCCACGGACACAGUCAUUGCCAUUUAAUACGACGAAUCACAAUGGAAUUCUCAAGGGAAACGUGCAUGAAGCCAUGAUAUACAGCUCAGAUAGUACAGGAAAUAUCAAAACUGGGCCUUGGAAAAAUGAAACUACUGUGUAGUUCAUGGGCCAUCAUGAUGUGUUUUUUGUCCUAAACCAUCAUUAUCUUUGUUUUUAUUCCAAAAUAAAUAAUAUUAUGUAUUUGUGUAGCUCAUCAGUAAAUUGUACAGCUUUUCAUUUUUAUUUUCUUUUUCUUAAUAAGAGUCUAAAAAAGAGGGAUAGUGACAGUUUUAAAGUGAAGUUAUUUUUAAAAGAAAGUUAUAAAAUUAUUCCGAAAGAUAACGAGAAAAUGAAGUUUAGACAAUUGAAUAUGAGAGGCAAUAUCCUUUUGUUAUACAGAACAACAUUUCUUUAGAAACACAUCAUUUUCAUUCAUUGUUUUCACUUUUGUUUUGUAGUAUCUUCAGACACUUUUUAUAAACAUAUCAGCAUCUUAAACUUUUGCUUAUUUAUUUUUGUAGCAAAAUAUUAUUACUGUGCCAUGGAUUUUAAUCAGAAGUGGCUAUGGUAGAAGUGAUAAACAGGAUUUUAUAAAAUUGCAGCUUUUUAGAUCUACAAAAGUGAUACUGCCUCUAAAGAUCUUCUGUAGCAUAUGGCCUGUAAAGUCAUGUAAUGUACAGUCUCUGUUCUGUCCUUUUUCUUGUUGGAGAGAAGUGCUAGGUAAUGUCUCUAUUACAUCUUUGGUGCUGUAUUGGUUGUAUUUUGCAUGACAUAUGUCAGGAUAUACCAUUUGCUGUUUUCUAGUGUUACAUGUGUUAAAAAAGAACAAAAAAAGUGUUGUACAAGGCUGUGAAAAACCCUAUUGAUAUUAAUCUAGAGCAUUAUGAAUCUACAGGAAAAAAAAUCACUCUGCACUAGUUUAAGUGGCACAAUCCUUUGUAUAAGGUUAUAUGAUAGCUUUGAUAAGGGUCCACUCUAAUGUCUUUACAGAGCAUGCACUACUCAUUGUAUGUGACACUGUGCGGUGUAAUAGCAACUGUCUCAGCAAGUUUUACACUUGUUUGUAAAGUAUGCCUUUUGAGCAAAUCUGUAAGCUGUUCCAUGAUAACCUUUCCACAUCUGUUAAGGUAGAGCAGUUUUACCAUUAACUCUUUGAGGACUACAGUUAUUUUCUUAAAGUAUCUUAUUCUGGUUCAGAGACACUGUAUAUAUGAUAUUGUCUAUUUAGUUACAUGAUCAACGUAGUCCAGAGUUGUUAGGAAAGAGAAAGUUCAGUAAUUUUUAAAAAAACCACCUUCUUAGAGUCCAUCUAUUAAUUUCACCACUUGCUUUCUGAAAACCCAUUUCCUUCCCUAGCAAAUUUCGGCUUGUCUUCAUCCUUUAAUGCAAAUUUGACCUUCAGAGAAGUUCUUUAUGCUCAUGAUUUCUGCUGAAUUGUAGGGCAUUCCAUUCUCUAAUUAACAAGGCUCUUGGCAAGAAAUUUUUUCAUGUUUCCAUGAACAUCUGGACACAAAGCAUCAACUCACAGUACAGAACUGCAUCAUAAUUAUCCCUAUAUGAAAUAAAACCACUUCUUACAAAUGGGAAGGGUGUAGAAUAAUAAUAGAUUGCAGAAAGUGAAUGGGAGCAUAGAGCUGUGAGAAAAAUGUCUACAGUGGAAAGUGAACAGUGCAUCCAGAAAUGAGAGAAAAAGCACAAUUCUGUAUGGCCACAUGAGAAAGUUUGCUGUGGUGUCUUAACACAGACUUAUGUAAUUGCUGCAGAGAGGAAAUGGAAAAUUCUUUUGAGAGAUCAUCAGUCUGUGAUUCUCUGUGUAUAUGUGGCAGAAAUCUUAACAUACUUCAGCCCAUUAUUUUUCUGUUAUUAGCAGUUUAUUAGACUCUACCUUUUUGGUUUUUAAUAUGUAGGAAUACAUUUCUUAAUAGUGUACAUAAAGAUGACAGUUAUAAUUGUUAGAAUGUUAUAAACACAUAUAAGUCAGAUGAAUGUGUUCUGCAGUGUUGCAGGUGGGAAUUAGUACUCAAAGGGUUAAUGCUCAGUAUCUGAGUGCAAGAAAUCUUGUUUUUCUGUAUUUUUGUAAAUUUGAAAUAUAUAUUGUAAACUCCAGCAGUGCAAUGUAUCCAUCUCAGAUUGUGUAUUUUUAAAAGGUGAGCAAGAAGAAUGCACUAGGUGGUUGUCAAGUUUUAAGCCAAUAUUCAACAGUUUCAUGACUGCUUCUUUAGUUAAUACAACAAAAACCCCCAACACCUGAGCUUUAUUAUGUAUAUGCUGUAUAUGCUUGAACUGUCUCUAAUCUAAAAUACAGUAUUUUUCUUUGUUUGCAUAAUGAAAUAUUUUCUGUUUCAGAAUUAUUUUCUUUUACUAUUACUUUUACUCAUUCCACAUAGACAGUGAGCCCUGAACAAGCAUAGACAUAAUGUGAAAUACCAUUCUCUGUGUCUCAGCACUAUGUAUAUGUAUACUAUGUAAUAGCAAAAUCCUAGGAGGUCUGUAGACCAUUAUGCAAAAUAUUACACACACACAUACACACACACACACGCACGCACACACAGAGCAAAGUGAAAUACUCUGCAAGAAUCCACUCAGUAAGCUUCUUUAUUUAGCUUGUGUUUUAAUCACCUCUGUUAUUUUGUCUGAGAGGCCAAUUCGAGCUUCAUAAUGGCUUACAAAGAAGUAAAUAGGUGCUGCUUUCCACAGAAUAUCUUAUGUGAUAAAACUCUCUGGAAUUUAAACGUAAAAUAUUAAAACACUUUUCUUAUUGUGUUAAAAAGUAAUUUAGUGAAUAUUUCAGGGCUAAUUGGAAGAGAUGUGUUAUGCAAUAAUCUGUUUGCAUAUUAUUUUUUCAGAAAAUAUACAGUAUAUCUACAGAGUAGGAGACAUGAUAUUAAAUAAAUAUAAAAAAUGUUUUGUAACAUCAAAUUUGACCAAACUGCUCUUUGUGCUUUUGACUUUUUUUUUUUCCCUUAAGAUAAAUGAGAUAAUUUCAAUGCUUUGGAAGUCUCGUUUUGAUUUAUUGUGGGAUUUUGGUCAGUUACAGUCAGUGAGCCAUUACUACUUUA